CCUGAGAGUGUGGUCGAGGCUGUUCAAUCGAGGCAUUCAAGAGGGCAUGAGACCGUGACCUGGAAAGGAAGCGUGUGCCGGGUAAUGGGGCGAAGACGGGAGGAUGGCACUUGCAAGCCCAAGACAAAAAGGGGAAAGAAGUGCCUUGAGAAGAGAGACCCCAAGGUCAUUGAGAAUACUAAGAAUGCCAUGCUCAUCAAGGGAGGCAACACCAGUGAAACUGUGACUCAAGCUCUAAGAGAUAUUUAUUCCCUAAAGAAACCAAAUGCAGUUCUCUAUAAGAAGAAAAAUAUUACACGGCCCUUUGAAGAUCAGACAUCAGUGGAAUUUUUUUCGAAGAGGUCUGAUUGUUCUUUGUUCAUCUUUGGUUCUCACAAUAAGAAGCGACCGCACAAUUUGAUAAUAGGCCGCAUGUUUGAUUACCAUAUUCUGGAUAUGAUCGAGCUAGGAAUUGAAAAGUUUAAUGGUUUGAGAGAUUUUAAGAACAGUAAAUCUGCAGAGGGAUCCAAGCCGAUGUUGAUUUUUGCCGGAGAUUCCUUUGAAAUAGAUAGUGAUCUUAAAAGAUUGAAAAAUCUCCUUAUUGAUUUCUUCCGAGGACCCACAGUGCCAAACAUUCGCUUAGGUGGCUUGGAAAUUGUUCUGCAUUUCACGGCUUUGGGUGGAAAGAUCUUCAUGCGAAGCUAUAAGGUCCUCUUGAAGAAAUCUGGCUGCAGAACCCCCAGAAUAGAGCUGGAAGAAAUGGGACCAUCCUUUAAUUUUGUACUAAGGAGAACACAUUUGGCAUCUGACGACCUCUACAAAAAGUCUCUUAAACAGCCCAAGGCCCUUAAGGCGAGGAAGAAGAAGAAUAUUUCCCAAGAUGUGUUUGGAACAACAUAUGGCCGAAUCCACAUGGAGAAGCAAGACCUUGGCAAACUACAGACAAGAAAAAUGAAAGGACUGAAGAAGAGGAAAGGAGAGAAGGAGGUCGUACCUGAUGAGGCAGAGAACAGCCCCAAGAAGGCAAAAGUUCAUUAACAGGACUGCUGGUAAAAGUGAGGAAUCUGGGAUUCGCCACCUCUACCUUCAAGUGAUUGAAAACAACUGAACUUCCAACAUCAGCAAGCACAAACCAAACAAAUGGUCAAAUGUAAUCCUGCUGACUUCUUAUACCUGUCAGUGUUGAUGUAAAUGGCUAUUUUUUAUUGCUGUACAAUAGACUGAUGUUUUCAACAUUUCUGAGAGAAUUAACAUACGUACGUAUGAAUUAGGAGCAGGAGGAGGCCAUUUGACCCCUCAGGCCUGCUCCAUCAUUUAAUAAGAUCAUGAUUGAUCUGAUUGUGUCCUCCUGCCUACAUCCAAUAACCUUUCACCCCCUUGUUUAUCAAGAAUCUAUCUACCUCUGCGUCAAAAAUAUUCACUCUGCUUCCACUGCCUUUUGAGGAAGAGAGUUCCAAAGACUCGCUACCCUUUGAGAGAAAGAAUUUAUCCUCAACUCUGUCUUAAUGGGCGACCUCUUAUUUUUUACACAGUGACUGCUGGUUCUGGAUUAUCAGGCUUCCAUAGGGUGACCUUUCCCAUAUGAUUUGGAAGCUGUGCUGUUUGACAACUCUGCCUUUGUAGAGUUGUUUAACCCAAGGAGGUUAGCAAUUAAUUUCAUUGGAUUAAAUGUAGUUUCAAACUACAUUGAUGCUUGCUUUGCGGUGGUAAAUACUAAAUUGCUUUUAAGUAGUGGUGAGAAGUAAACAUUUAGCAAAAUAAAAAUCAGUUCAAUUUGGAACAAAUGUAAAGUUCUCAACAGCAUAAUCACCUUUAAAAAUGAUUGCUUCUGAAGCAAUAAAAUUAUUCUUUGGAUUUUGGAAAACAAAAUGCUAGUUAUUAGCAAACUCACUUGGCAGUUUCAUCGCUUUCCGUAGCACUUGAUCUAUUGGUGUCCUCAGGUUAGGAACUCGGGUCAUUGUGACUUUUGCACCUGGUUUAGUCAUCAAAAUUCCAGUACUCUCUCACUUCCAAUUUCCAGCAUCUGCAGUAUUUUACUUUACGUUCAAAGGAAACCUGUCUGGCUUCAAGCAGCCCGCCACCUUCUGAACUCUGAAACUAAAUGAGGAUUCAUGCGUUCAGUCAAAAUGAGAAAAUAAAGUUAGAGAUAGCAGGAUAUGAAACAAAGUAAUGGAUAUUGUGGCCAAGGUCAAUUUGUAUUCUGCAUAACAUUAAAUAUAAUUUUAUUUUGCCAUAGAACUUAUCAUGCAGUUGCACAUUCUUUACCUUGUUCAAAUAUCAGUGGUAGAUUCCUAAUUAUCAGAAGCCACACAAAACACCUGCAGAGCAAAUACAUUGGGUUCCAUGAAUGAGGAAAACUUUGAUUUUUCUGUUCUACCCUAUUUUUCGGUUAUGAAGUGCAAGAUUUUGACAGUUUUGUAUGAGAUGUAUUUUGUAUUGGUUUAAAGUUAAUGCCUCUUUUUUCCCUCCCUGUCAACUUGAAUUGCUGAAAUUUGGCAUUUAUGGUCUUACAGUGGCAGCUGUGUGACAAUUCAUUUUGAUUAUGUUUAUUAAUCCAUUUUGUAUUUUGUUGAGGCACAUCUCCCAAAAGGGCCACAUACAACUGUUGUCAGCCUAUCUUGUGGAAAUUUGUUUUGAAUAUUGUGCAAGUAAAGUUUCAUUUUAAAACA